AUGAUGUUAAAACAUAGUUUAUUGAAUAGAACCACAACAUCUUAUAUUGGAUCGGUGUUCAGUAGUGGUCGAUCAUUAUCAUCACCUCUGUUAUCAGCAUCAUCAUCAACAACAACAACAACUCGUAGUAAUGUUAAAUACUAUUCAUCGACAGUAGGAUCAGAAGGGAUAACUCAAGACUCAUCAACGUCUACUUUUACAAGUGCUACUUCAAUCAAGAAAAAGAUACCUCAUAUCAAUGACUUGAACAACGGCGGUAUCAUUGAUCACUCCAAGAAUGUUUUGUAUGAGAAACUAACAGAUCAAAACAAAAAGUUAAUCGAUGGUAUUAGCAAUUCACAUAGAGUUGAAUUGGCAAGAUUGAUUACAUUGAUUGAAUCAUCAAAAGAAGAUCAUCAACAACAAGCAAGAUUGAUCAUUUCAAUAUUGAUGCAAAUAGCCAAAAAAGAAGAAGAGUCUAGGGGAAAGCAUGGAAAACCUAAAUCAUUCCGGAUUGGUAUAUCUGGACCACCAGGUGCAGGUAAAUCAACGUUUAUCGAAGCAUUUGGUAGAUAUUUAACAACCAAACUAAACAAAAAGGUGGCUGUCUUGGCUAUUGAUCCAUCGUCGGUUCGUACAGGUGGCAGUAUCCUUGGUGACAAGACUAGAAUGGUGGAGCUUUCCAAAGACCCAAAUGCAUAUGUACGUCCAUCAUCUUCACGUGGAUCAUUGGGUGGUAUCACUAAAAGUACAUCAGAUACUAUGGUAUUAUGUGAAGGUGCAGGUUAUGAUGUCAUCAUUGUAGAGACUGUUGGUGUUGGUCAAUCUGAAGUAUCAGUCGAAGAAAUGGUUGAUAUAUUUAUGUUAUUGGUUCCACCUGCCAAUGGUGAUGAAUUACAAGGAUUGAAAAAAGGUAUUGUUGAAAUGUCAGAUUUAGUAGUUGUAAACAAAGCAGAUGGAGAGUUACUUCCACGUGCAAGAUUUACAGUGGCAGAAUACAUGUCUGCAUUCAAGGUACAACGUCCAAAAUCAGAGAAUUGGAGACCAAAGGUAUUAUCAUGUUCAUCCUUGACCAAUGAAAAUAUUGAUACUGUUUGGAAUACAAUGAAUGAAUAUCAAACAUUAAUGAUUGGAACUGGAGAAUUGGGAGAAAAAAGAUCAAAUCAAAAACAAACAUGGAUGUGGAGAUAUAUUGAAGAUGAAUUAAUGACUAGAUUACAUUCUAGUAAAUCUUUGAAUCAAGUCAUUCCAAUUCUUGAACAACAAGUUAAACAAGGUGAAAUAUCUCCUAGUUUGGCAGCUGAUCAAAUCAUCAAAAUGUUCAUGUCUACUAAAUAUUAA